UUUCGUCCAUAUAUUGAUAUUUAAGGUCUUUUUUUUUACCAUGCACUCCCGUCGGGUUUUUGUUGGUCCAACAAUGACAAAUACAAAGCUUUCAAUAAGCUUCAUUGCAAUCGGGCUCAUUUGUUGUGCUAUGUGUGAAAAUUCAUCGGAAAUUGUGUGUCCCAGAGUUGUUGGACGUGGUGAAUGGAAUGCCAGUGAUUCAACUGAGAUCAAUUUUCUUGAACUUCCCGUGAAAAUAGCCAUCAUCUGUCACACAGCUUCACCUGAAUGUUGGUCUCUGGAUACCUGCAAGCGUCGUGUUAAGAGCUUUCAGAGAUACCAUCAAAGAGAAAAGCACUUUGGAGAUAUUGCGUACAAUUUCUUAAUUGGAAAUGAUGGAAAUGUAUACGAAGGUAUUGGAUGGUAUCAAAUUGGACGCCAUACGAAGAAUUACAAUGAGAAAUCGGUUGGCAUAGCUUUUAUUGGGAACUUUACUGAUAAACUACCUUCCCAGGUGGCACUGGAUUCGGCCAAAAGUCUCCUGGUGUGUGGUCGUUCUAAGCAAUAUUUAGAUGAAAACUACAGCUUGUUUGGAGCUCGAGAUAUAUCAAGAACUGAAAGCCCUGGUGCCAAAUUGAAUGAGGAAAUUCAAAAUUGGCCUCAUUGGAUGGCUGUGGAUCAGGGCCAAAUAAUCUUUGUCUGAUAAGGACUUGUAAGAUUGAGUGUGUAACAUAUCUGGGAGAAGGUCAUGGAGAGGUACAAGAGAGAUUGUGUCCAGAUAGGCUGAAGAUGUUUUUGGGUGAAUUAGUAAUUUUCCCCUCAAGAUCAUGCACAUGUACUAAGGCGUAUUACAUAAAAUAUUUCACCAGA